AUGGGUAAAUCCAUCCUCCUGAUCAACGGCCCCAACCUCAAUCUCCUCGGCACCCGCGAGCCACAUAUUUACGGCUCGACCACCCUAGCGGACGUUGAAGUGUCCGCCCGCACACAAGCCACCGAGCUGGGCGUCAGCAUAGACACCUUCCAAUCAAACCAUGAGGGCGCCAUUGUCGACCGCAUCCAAGCGGCUCGCGGCAAUGUCGACGCUAUCAUUAUCAACCCGGGCGCGUACACGCAUACAUCCGUUGCGAUCCGCGAUGCGCUGCUCGGUGUCGAGAUCCCGUUCAUUGAGCUGCAUGUGAGCAAUGUGCAUGCGCGGGAGCCGUGGAGACACCACUCUUAUUUCAGUGAUAAGGCGUCGGGGAUUAUUGUUGGAUUGGGUGUUUAUGGGUAUAAGGUUGCACUGGAGCAUGUGGCGCUGAACUUCAAGGAGAAGGAGAAGAAAGAGACUAAGGCAGUUCUGUAG